CAGAAAGCCGGUAGGUUACACUUGGGAAGCUCCUACUUGACACAGGACGAACUCAGACUGAGAAGUCUUGUUGGAUCAUUGGACUUGACCUGAAAUCUGCAACAACCUGUCUUUUAUUCUGAGUUCUCACCACAUAGAUGCAGUCUGACAGUUACAGAGAGAUGGCCAUUCCCCGGAUGUUUAACUCCAACACACCGUUCGUCAUUGUUGCCGGCGGCUCUGAGCUCUCUUUCCUAAGUAAAGAUGAGAGCAAUCAAGGAUGCGAGGAGGAGACGAACUCACUGGUUCAGGCCUUUGGAUCCCACCUGACCCAUGUGAUGCAGCACGGCACCGCCAAACAAGUGAUAACAGAUGACCUGGAGGGGAUUCCAAGUGUGUCCAUAGUGGCACAAGCUGAGAGAGAGGACUUCCAAGAGUUCAGCCCGUCCAACACUCAGCGUCCCUACCGGCGAUUUCACCUUCUCCAGAAGCACAGAUCUUUUAGUGAGGAUGCUGCCUUAAUACGAGACACUGAAGAUGAGGAUUUAGAUGAAGUGUUUCAUCAUCACCUUAAGAGGAAACAGCACAGGAAGACUCUAAGCAGACCGAAGAGGCUGGAGGAAGGAGAGGAACCUCCAGUUAUCCAGGGUUUGUGGGUGCAGGAGAUCGACUGGCUGAAGACGACUUUAUCUGCAGAGAUCAUACCACCUCCUUCUCAGUUUACUGACUCCUGCUGCCGGCUGGACUCCUGCACGUCUGGACAUACAGACGACUCAUCCAGCUCUGUUGACAGAGAGGGCUCAGACUCUGACUGUGAAUCUGUCUUCACUCAUGAGAGCGAGUCAGACUCAUCUUGCUGUGCUGCUGAUGAUCACUUUGGAUUAGAAUCUAACAUUUCUGAUCUGAUCUCUGACCUUAUGCACAUCUCUGGUUUUCAUUCCAAUUCGGAUUCUGACUUCUCAGAGUUUGUGCAAAGCUUGCAGGAAAUUUCUGACUCAUCUCAAACGACUUUUACUUUUAAUGACAGUGACUCAGAGUUUGAUCAGGUGAAAGGCAGAGUGAUGCAUAUACCAAAACCAUUCAUUUCAACUUUCUUGAACAACUCAAUCAAACAGAUUCUGGAUAACUGGACGACCACCAAACCUGCCAACGAAGGACUUAUAUUCCAUCAUCUCCUACAGCCCAACAGUUUUCAGUACAGAGAGGGAGAGGAGUACUUUGUUCUUCACCACAUCCAGAACGGCUCGUACGGUGAUGUGUUCUGUGUUCAGGAUAAAGGUACUGGAUUUAAAUGUGCUGCCAAAAGGAUUCCCUUGAGUCACUUUAGCUGUGAGGAGGUGAAGACAUGGAGCGCCCUGAACUCCCCCCGGGUUGUAGAGCUGUUUGGAGCAGUGAGAGAUGGGCUGAAUGUCAUAAUCUUCAUGGACCUAAAACCAGCUUGCUUGGCUCAUCUUUUAAAGGAGAUGACCUGCCUCCCUGAAGAUCUGGCCCUGCAUUACCUUCAGCAGACACUAAUGGCACUUGAGCACCUGCACCACAGAAAGGUGCUUCACUUGGAUGUAAAAGCUGACAACGUGCUGCUAUCUGCAGACUGCAAAGACACGUUUCUCUGUGACUUUGGUCUCUCAGAGAUGUUAGAUGACAGCGGACAGAGCACUAAAACAUUCAGAGGAGCAGCCUUUCCUGGCACAGAGACUCAUAUGGCCCCCGAGGUGGUGCGAGGAGAUCAAGUGUGCCCCAAGGCAGAUGUGUGGAGCAGCUGCUGUAUGCUACUUCAUAUGCUGAAUGGAUAUCAGCCAUGGAUACGCUACUAUUCCCAUCCACUGUGUCUCCUGAUUGUAAACGAGCCUCCACCUUUGUGGGAGGUGCCGUCCAACUGUAACAACUUCACAGCCAAUGUGUUUAGGGCCGGACUCCAGAAGGACCCGGACAGACGAGCGUCGGCCAAGGACCUUAGGAGGAAAACUACCAAAGCCCUCAGAGCAGUUGGAGGUCUGAGCCCUCCCUCUGUCAAAACUGCCUGGGAGAAAUUGCAUCAUGGCCAACGUGAAGACAAACUCCUUUCCCUGAAAGAAUCAUCACCAUCAUCCCAAAGCACUUCCUCAGAUCCAUCUGCGCUCUGGGUGAGCCCUUGGAGGACCGUAGCAGUGGAUGAGGACACCGCUGAAUGGAAAGGUGAUCUCUCAGAGACAGAUUCCAUAUCAGGGGAGUGGGACUCCAAUCCAAAGUCACUGCGAGAUGAUUACGCAGAUAAGGCGGAGUGGAAGACCGGCUCUGAGUCAGAGGUGGACAUAUACAUGGCGGAGGAAGAGGAGUGCAUCCAGGAGAAGUGGCUAAAAACUGAUGAAGACUAUGAGGGAGACUGGGAGGAGGAGGAUGAGGAGGGGGACUCCUCUGGUUCCACUGAGUAUCUCCGUACACUCAAAGGCCUUUUCCCUUUGCUGCGGAGAGGCCUGCUGACAAAUGAAGCUUCAUGGGGAUCAGAGGCGGAGCUGGAAUAUCUCAGAGAUGAAAUUCCUGUAGGAACCACAGUCCAGACUCCAUCCCCAGAACCUCGAGAUGAACCUCCGUCUUGUUUCAGCUGCUCAGACACAUCACAAAUAGAUGAGGUGCAAUUUGGACACAAAGACUCAGAACAUUCAUCUGAUGACCUCAGUUCUGGAGUGUUUUCUUCCUGCAACAGUCACUCCGACGGACCACUUGUGUGGAUACCUUCAGCCGAACAGCGAUCUUCCUGCUGCUUUGAGGGUGUUGACAUCUGGAUCGAGAGCAUUCAGGGAGAGUGUUUCAGGAUCCGAGAAUGGCGGAGGGUCAAAGUGGGUCAUGUUGCCAUAGGAAUCAGUGAUCAGAUCUCAGGGAAAUCCUUCACUUUGGAGACUCUGGACAGAAAGAUGGUGUCCUUUGAGGAGGAGAUCAGUAAGUCUGGAUCAUGGUUCCGCUGUGUACCUGCUCCUGACAGAUGUCAGCGCUGGAGCUGGAGAGUCCAAGACGGCAAGCUGGAGCUCAGAGAAUGAGAUGGAUAUUUACUGCUCAGUUAAGCUCCAUUUGUAGCAAAAAAACACAACCUAAGAGCUCAAAACCUUUGAACUUGAAGGAAUGUCACACUAAUGUGAGCUGGGACCUGAUCUUUUAACUAUGUGGAGGCCACAGACAUACGGUGAGCUCUCAAAAAAUUCUGUUUAAUGAUGGCAUACUGCUACAAGACCAGCAUGAUAAGAAACUCCAGGAGGAAUGUGGUUGGGAAACAUAAAAACAUAUUUAUGUUGUUGGAAUAAAGAACUUUCUUUUCACCAUCCUGCUACAGCAGGGCUGGAUUGUUGCCAUAAGGCAAUGUGGCUCCACAGAGGAUUCUCGCUGUUUAAACACCUUUCAGCACACUCAGCAGAUAUUCAUCAGACCAGGCUUUGUGUUUUCAGACCUCAGUGCCCAGUUGUGAUAUUUGCAGCUGAUGCCACUGGCUCUUUAAAUGAAACCAAGUGAGAUUUUGUGUUUUGCAACUGAUAUGUUUUAGGGUUGAAUCAAUUGUGCAUUCUGAGCACAUUAUUUUUUUCUUCUGAUCAGUCAUCUGAGGCACUGCAGCCUCUUUGUAAGUCAGUCAUACACUGUUGUGCAAUUUCUAUUUAGGGAUAGCUGGUUUUAAUUUCCAAGUUUGUAUUUGCCACAAGAUUAGCCACUAAUUUAAGAAAAAAAAAAGCCUAACUGAUUAUAUAUGAUCAUCAACUGAUGAACUGAAAGAUUGAUAGAUAAAUUAACUAACUAACAAUAUAAAAUCACUUUGUGCACACUAUGGUUGUUCAUUUAGGCUAUUUUCCUGCUUAAGUUUUUAUCUUGUUUUUUAUUCUCUUUAGGUUUGAAAAUCAAAACACAACUAGUCCUCAACUUCUCUGAGUCCUCUCAGCAGUUUAAACCCAAAUUUUAGGAUUUUAGAUUUAUUUGAACAUUAACUACCUUUCUGAGACUGUCUCUCUAACACUGAAUAAUACUCUUUUUGCUGUGUUUGCUAGUAUUUGCUUUCUUCAGAUGCAUUCUUGUUAGUUCCACUUGACCAAUGUUUUAAAUUUUAGCCCAGCCAUCUGCACCUAUAGCACAUUGUAAAUGUUUACAGCUCUAAUGAACAAGUAGAGCUUUCAGACUGUUAUGUGUCAGGAAGUGUUUCACAUGUGAUCGUGUGGCUUGUCACUUGUUUUCCAUGAUAAAUGAUCAUGAUUUAAGACAUGAAGUGGAGCAGUGUUACCACUGAAGACGAUGAGAUUCAGAUUUUAGUUGAACAACACAUGACUUGACUUUAAAUAAGAUAUUUACCUCAUGAAAAAACAAUUUCUCAGUUAGUAUUUCAAAGGCUGGUUCAUUUAAGGUUACUAAUUUAUAUUAAUAGGACUAAUCAAUUUUACCAAAGCUUUUCAAAGGUAAGAAAUUAGUCUAAACGUGGUUAUGAUGUUAUUAGGAUAAACAGUAUUUUAACUGAAUAUUAAAGGAUUUAUUUAAAAAAAAAAACAGAAAACAUAAAAACUUUCAUGAUUUGAAGGUG